AUGUGCCGAAACUCGGUAGUGGAGAAUGGUGAGAUAAAGCUACAUGUGACUGAGUUACUCGAGAGUGGUGCUAUGAAACUAAGUAGCUCCCCUUUUGGCUCCCCGAUUGUGUUGGUGCCAAAGAAAGACGGCGGGUGGCGAAUGUGUAUCGACUACCGUGCAUGGUACCCCUUACCACGGAUUGAUGAUCUCUUGGACCAACUGAAGCAUGCUCGCUACUUCACCAAACUAGACUUGAAGUCUAGCUAUCAUCAGUCGAUCGUGGGAGGAGCAUCUGGGCAUGUCAAGAAGGUUUUCAUGCUGCUCGAGGAACAUGAACUCCGCUUAAACCCUAUAAAGUGUAAGUACAGCAAGCAAGGCCUAGUGUAUCUCGGGUUCGUGGUGGGCGGCGGCGAGCUACAAAUCGACUCCGACAAGGUCAAGGCCACCAAGGAGUGGCCUAGGCCCAAAACUAUGACGGAGGUGCGGAGCUUCAUGGGCGCUCUCCUAUAUGUCCAAAAGUUUAUCACGUACCUUUCUUUCCUUGCUGCCCCUCUACAUGCACUUACUAAGGCCAACCAAAAGUUUGAAUGA